CGGAAAGCAACAUGGACAUCGCAGCGUGCAGGGACCUGCCAGUCAGCGUAUUCAUGGCAUACUCGAUGGGGCUUUCACCGCUACAUUCUUACUCAGCAGUAUUCACGACAGGUCCAUCAAACCAACUCACAUCCAAGCGCCAGGACUGCUGACUAAACGGGGAGAACUACAUAAUGCUCCGAGCGGAAGGCACAGAUUCACAAGCUAAGGUAGUAAGGAGAGCUGCUACAACAGCGGAAGGCAGAGGUUUCGAUUUGGAAGCUUCCUAGGCCUGGUCGUCACUAGUGAUCCCUCUAUUUGGGAAUUCGAGUUAAAGCAUAGCUCCUGGAUAGCUGCUGGGCAAAGAACUGGCCAAAGAGUCGUAAACGACCUGUAGCGCUUUUAAUUAUCCAUUACAAAUUCUACACAGCAGUGUGUAGAUUGUGUGUGCUGGUGCACUGCAAUCGUGUGCUAUCAGCCUGCCUCUUCCGUUUUGUCAUCCACCGCGACCGGCACUUUGAAAGGAAAACCGGCGAGAUUGUGGUGAGUGCGACAAAAGCCUUCUGGUCAUCAGCAGCUUGUUCGACAUUUAAUUCUUGGUGAACUGACAGGCUUUUCGUUAUCCUCCUGGUGCUGGUGUUGGUGUUUUGGUUCUGAUUCCGUGUCGGUGUGCGUUGCACAACGGGAUUUUCGUGUUGAUAGUGUGAACGGAGAGCCCUGCUGUCAAUUGACGGUGCAGUGUGCGCUCAAAGUACCGUCACAGCUGAGCAUUAGUGCCAUCUCCCACUGCACAACACAGCUCAAGGGCAGGUAAAUUUACAGCAUCUGAAUGGACUAAGUGCAACUUGCGCCGCACAAGUGCUUCGCCUUGCCAUCGACUCUGCCAAAACCGAGAGCUGAAGAACGCUCCAGAAUCCUUUACCAACCCCGUCGGCAAGAAAGGCCAACCUAACGAGUGCAUUCUUACAAGCCUGUUGAGCACGGCAACAUACGGCACGAACAUAGGCAAGUGUGCAGCUGCUCACACCAACGGCGUGGGGUGCGAGGCAUACUAAUAGGCUCCGCGAGACACUGUGACCAACUGUUCCUGAGAGGAUCUGCAGAAGUGGAGGGAGAGGCUGGCACUCUACCAGCGCCAUAACAGUCGUUCUCUCCCAGCGUGAUAAACGUCCCAGCGUGUACCGUACACCGUACACAACACCUCUGGGAAAACGCGCUCUAACUGAAGACGCAGUCCUAUCCGCUGCUGCUCGACCGACAAGUCUAUCGGCACGCAGUAUCUACGCGGCCGACACUGCAUAGGAAGGCAGAGCGGGAAAGAAAGGAAGAGCUCCACGACUGAGUCAAGCUCGUAUCGGGAUCUCCGGGACAACUGGCGGAUAUCUUUCACAGGACGUGUCGACCUAGUUAUUGCAAAAGGCACGGUAGUAGGCGCAGCGGAUAUCAGAAGACCAGGGGGAAGACUCAGAGACAGUGCUAUACCUCUGUCUUCUCCAGCAACUGCAUCCUGACGGAAUAUUACUGUGUGAUGAUCUAAAUAUGAGCUUGUCUGCAGCAGUGAGUAGCAUGGCGUUGGCUGACGGCAGACCUCCUCACCUUACGAAUGGAAUGGCUACGACAGAGUCGACAACCUACGCGUCCAUAGCGUCUAUGAACGCGUCGCCUGCGGAGUUUAUACCGUCCAGGGCCACCCGUCCGUCCAACAACCCCAUCCUGCGCGACGCAAACAUCGAUGGCCGGAGUAUCGUCCAACAGAAGGGGUUGUACUGCAGGCCGAGCCGACACAGUCCACGACAUCACCACCAGCAUCAUCCGCAUGCAGCGGAGUCAGGAAAUGGAGGACUCGUGGGCGACCAGGUACGAACAAAUCUGGAUCGCAGAGAGAGCACAGCCGAGUACAUUGCACUGGAGUUCGCCCAUAACCAGCCUAGAAAUGCUUCGCAGCAUCCUCAGCAUGUUCACAGUAACAGUACUACGGGACUACCUGCAAUGGACACCAGUGGCUGGUCCUGUCCUGGUAGCAAUAUGCAGGAGGCUCGUGGCCUGCAGCCCAGUGCACAGUAUAUGAACCUGGUGCAGCUGAACGACAGCAAGCAGGCCCAUGCAUGGUUUGGUGGCUCUGCUCAUGCGGCCGAGCUCGCCGUGAAGAACGGACGCCAGCCGUUGAACAACGGCCAUGGAGUCCAUCCUGUGUCAUCAUCAGCAGUGCCAUCAGCAACACAUAGUACCCAGCAUAACACAUGUGGAUUGUCCAAUGCGGGAAGUGCAGCCUUGUCCACUUCUGGGAAGACGGCAUCAAAAUCCGGUGCAGGUCUGCCUCAGAAUAAUUGUAUAUACGUAAACUCAUCUGUCGUAACGAGCAAUGGCGGCGAGCAGCCAGCAGCGUCUAAGGAUGUGACCCUGUUCGACAAAGAGCCCGUCUACAUCAAUGCUAUUCAAACGCCGAGUGGCGAGAGCCUCCGUCCUCCUAACAUCCAUACACGAUUCAGUAGCACGUCGUCGGCAAGUCCGGCAAUUUCACCAUUGACGUCCCCCGGUGGUCAAAGCACUGGUGCCUCGCCUGCUAGAACUGGCCUUGUCAAUGUGUCCGCAACUGCACUAUCCCCGUCAUCAGCCAGCUCUGCUUUCGACAUGAGUCAGCAUAAAGACUACAUGGAGAGAACGUAUGAGAACGCGAGUGCACAGGCAUCACGGCCAUCAGGCCCUAUGCUAGGAGUGUCUCAUAUGCGCUCACCGUCCGAGCCUUGCCACAUCACUACUGGUGCCAGCGGCCAGGAAGCGAUUAGGACGAGGUCCACCCAUAGCAACACCAUGACAACGCCAGGUCAGCCAAUCUACAUGAAUGAUGCAUCAGGCGGGCAUCAUUUAAGUCGUCGGUCGCGUAGCUCUUCAUCCCUCCACGCCGAGCACACUCAAGCCGACUUUCACAGCCAGCAGCUGCCAAAAACCGCCGCGACAUCAUGCAGUAGUCCGUCUUCACCAUCCAAGUCACCUAUAGCUAGCCCUUGCAGAGAGGAGGUGGAACCAGUAAUGUCACCCACCUUCCAAGCAUCCAAUGCGGACACACUGUUCGGGAAGUUCCAGCUGACGUUCUUGGGAGCGGAGGCUGUCGACCGUGGCUAUGGUGUGAUACCGCAGGUAGUGCGAUCCGUCGCUCAGCGCAGCACUCCGGCAGUCACGCGCAAUGUCAUCAUGGCCGUUUCAGCUACAUCUGUCACAAUUUCCUUGGAUGAUGGUACGGAAAAGCUGCGGCACGAAGUGGACAGCAUCGAGAGUAUCUCAGCGUGGCAAGACAGCAGCACGCCUGUCCCUGCCGACCUUGCAAAGUUUGUUGCGUACGUUGUGGUGCAGGAGGGGGUAUCAGCGGCGUGUUUCGUCUUUGAGGUUUCUGACGCUGCUUCUCGUCGAACCGUGUGCAAGACCAUCGAGUCGGCAUUGUAUGCAGACGUGAAAAACUUCAAGUCGAUGACCUACCCACGGUAUGAGAUUCAGGCCAAGGUCAAGUCAGCUAGCCAGUUCUCGGUCAAGUACGUAGGCAGUGUACUGGUACAGACUACGUUCAGCGUGAUUGAUGAAGCAGCUAAGCGCCUUCUCUCCAGCACCAACCCUGCCAAGAUUAACUUCGCAUUCAUGGAUGUGGGAGAAGACAGGAUUCGGCUUACAGGCAUAACCAACUCGGUCAUCUUUGCGGCUCACCCAACAUCUUCCAUUGCCUCGUUGAAUGUCUUCAGCGAGGAUGGUCGUGUAUUUGGUUAUGUUGUGAAACAGAAAGGCUCCGGCACUAAGUGUCACGUCUUCCGAUGUAGCCGUCCAUCGCUGGCCUUUGCCAUUGUGGAUAUUAUCAAAGAUGUCAUUCAGGACAACUACAAGACAAAUGACAUCGAUGAGCCAGUAUCAAAGUCGGACGUGCCCAAAAGCAACGGAUUACGUGGCUUUCUGGCCCGGCGUCGAGAGAAGCGAUCCCAUGGCAACGGCACUGCAAGCAUCGGCCACCUAGCGGUGUCAUCGCCGAGCAAGACGGCCAGUUCAGCAGAGCCUGCUGCUGCAAAUGCUGACAGUCGUAAUCGCUCCGUCAGCGACAUAACUGCACCAGCAAGCUCUGCUUUUGAUGGCAGCAUGCCCAGCAGUGGUGUUCUGCAGCACAGGGUGGACUACUUGGGAUCAAUGGUCAUGCACCAGGAUGAGAUUAGUAACACCGAAAGCCGACAGGUCGUUGAAAAGAUGAAUAGUGCACGCAACCAUUCCUACAUUCUGCAAAUGAGCAUAUCAGACAGAGGCAUAUAUCUUUGUGACGACCACCACAAGACUAAAGAUAUCGCCACCAAGUCCAUCCAGUCAGUGCGCCUGCAUCCGGAGAAUUCACACUACGCUCUACUCAUUGCCAGGCCGGACCCGAACAGUACGGAACGCCAUUGCCAUGUUCUGCAUCAGAUCUCGCGCACUGCCGAUGACAUCGUGCGCGACGUCACCCGACUUCUGGUGUGCAAGUCUGUACGAUAAGUGUGCUGGAUGUCUACAGCUGCUGUGCAUGUGACUAGAAUGUGCAAGAACAGUCACAUGACUUACAGCAUGUGACCUGAAUGUGCAAGAACAGUCACAUGACUUACAGCAUGUGACUUGAAUGUGCAAGAACAGUCAGAUGACUUACAGCAUGUGACUUGAAUGUGCAAGAACAGUCACAUGACUUACAGCAUGUGACUUGAAUGUGCAAGAACAGUCACAUGACUUACAGCAUGUGACUUGAAUGUGCAAGAACAGUCAGAUGACUUACAGCCCCUGUGCCUCUUUAAUGCCUUACGUCAUCAACACGUGAACAGCUCACAUCUUGUGCGAGGUGGAGUGAAACAAAGACUUAAUUCAGGCCAUUCACAAUACCCAUGGUGAUCUCCUUGGGUAUAUUCACCAGGUGCUGAAAAUACCUACCGUUGUUUCGCACUUCUGAAGAAGUGAAGCUGAUCUGAUAGCCAUCAAGUUAUUGGCAUGGAUUUUUUUCCUCUCAACUUCCAUAAUUUGACCAUGAAUUGAAGUGCGAGACAUUUUUUUCUUCAACUAUUUCUUUAACCCAUUGUCUGUAUCAUAUAAAUUAGCAAAUGCUUGAUUUAAAAGUUUUGGAAUCCAUAACAGAGAUUUCCUAAUUCUUCUUCUUUCUUUCUUGAAGAGAAUGCACGAACGCUUGUUCGUGAAAAACAUUUCUUGAGCUGUGAUUAUGGUGGUGAAGAGGAUACAAUUUGUAUUUUUUUCUUGCCGUAUUAUUCUUUCACUUAUUUUUUUAGAAAUUGGGCUAAAUGCUUCAGGUCGGCUA